AAAGCCCUUCCAAAUUUAAGGGAUUACUCAGCAAGCUAGCUUGUUGAAUGCGUAAGGAGCAAAACAAGGUAUCCACCAGGAAGACCAGAACGAAACUCUCAAAAGUUAUUUAUAAUAAAGAAGACCAGGAUAAGAAUACCGAACAGAAAGGAUGAAGACCAAGCUGAUUCUCAUCCAUACGGAAGACUAAUGAUCAGAACUUAUCAACUCCAAUGAAAAGUCUUCAGCAAAGACCUUCCUUGAAAGACCGACUCCUCAAUACUGGAGAUAAAAAAGACAGCCUUAACGCUAAAAUAUCGCCUAUCAUGCAGAAGAGACAUUCGAAGAAUUCUGGUAAUUCGACUGUUGGAACUAACCAGAUUGAAACCAAAGCCUUUAGUUCUCCCUAUAUGAAGCAAUUUAUUUCAAAGAACUUGAACCAGUUGAAUAAUUUUCCGAGUGCUGGUGAAGUAGAGUACAAAUAUAUGGGAAAUGAAGAGGAUAGCAGAAGUGGGAAAUCUGAUAGCAAUAGGGAAGACCUGGUUGGGCAGAGUAUGAUCAAACAAAAGUCAGUACCUCUCUCUUUAAAAACAACUAAUAAGCAUUCAAGUUUUCAAGACAAUAACUUGUUAGUCCCAUCUUCUAUCCAGGAGGAUGAAGUUGAAGAGACUCUGAGAAGCGCAUCUCCAAACCUUAUUAUAAGAAGUAAUCAAUCACGGAUUGCUGAAUGGAGAACACAAAAGAAUAUAACUCUAGAUGAAUACAAUGAAUUCUCAGAACAUUGCAGUGACUACAACCAAGUUGAGGUCAUUGAAGAUUAUGUAGAGAGCCUAAAUCGAGCAAUGAGUGAGAAGAAUGUAAAUCCUAUCCACAACAGGAAAAGAUCAACUUUUAGAAAAUUCUACCAUUCCAACUUUGAAGAAGAACUCUCUGUAAGUGACGAGGAAGGAUCUUUGGAGAUUGAUGAAGAGGAAGAUGAAGAAAUACUCAGGCAAGUAAACCAAAGGCUUUCACUAAAUGCUAAGAAAGACCAGAUUGAAGGGAUUAAAAGGAAAGAGUCUAAUACGAAUACCCAAUGUAUAACUCAGCAGAAGAAAUGAAUGUCGAAGAGGAGCGAGUUCUCUCAGAAAAAUAUUGUCUCGUCUAUUCCUACUUCUCAUGUAGACAUAGAUACUAUCGGUGGAAAAACAGUGGUGAAGAGGGUCACCAAAGAAGAGAAAGAAGCCAUUGUCAAGAAGAGAUUGAGGAACUUCCUUCUCUAGAAUCACGACUAUCAGUAAAUCAUCGUAAUUUUAAAUUUUCUGUCAAAUCUUUUA